UUUCUCAAAAGUUAAAAAUAGUUUUAUUGUCUUUCAUUCUUUAUUCAAUAUUAUUCGCUGCUUCAUUUUGAAUAAAUCGCUACUGUAAUCUCCAACAUAAAAAGGAUGUAGGCUACCCUUGGUUGAUGAUAAAAGUUGACGGUAUUUUUGCUUCAAAUCCAAUCCUAUCUUAUCUAUUAGAUUAAAUCGAAUCUAUCUUAAUCCUGUGUAGUUAUCGGUUGAUAACUGGUUUGGUUUUCAAUAUUACCUGUUAACAAUGCUACCGACUAAAGUUUCCUAAUUCGUUAUUCAGUUAUCAGUUUAUUCGAUAUUGUCUUCAGCUGAUUCGUGUUUAGCUUUGCCCCACGCGCUUUAUUUCUUUCACGUUUUGGUGAAUUAGCAUAUUCGUCAAUUUAAAAAGCCAGUGUAUUUAAAAAAUGAAGGUGGAAAAUAAUUCUUCUGCUUGUGAUAAAUCCAGCAACCCUGCUUUCGAAAAUGUGAUAUUGAAAAGGUUUAAACAUUUAUUGGAAAGCGACGAUAAAAGUGAUUGUGAUUUUAUAGUGGGGCCUACAAAAAUGUCAAUCAGAGGACAUAAGCUGAUAUUCUCCUUGGCUAGUGAAGUUUUCGACGCAAUGUUUUUCAGUGAUUUAAAGGAGGACUCAGUUGUGAACAUAGUCGACUUGGAACCCGAUGGAUUUCUAGGAAUGAAACACUUUAUAUACACAGGAACUACUGAUUUUAAAUCUGUAACUGAGGCUCUGUUAACAUUUAUGGCUGCUCAUAAAUAUCUCAUCAACCAACUGUGCGAUGAGUGUAUCAAGUAUGUAGAGAAAAAUAUCCAGCCUUGUGACGUGUUAGAAUGCUACGAGUUUUGUAAAAAUCGCAACAUUCCCGAUUUCAAUGAAAUCUGCUUCAACAUCAUUCAAAAUGAAACUGAUGCUGUUGUUCAUAGUGAAUAUUUUCUGUCAAUUGAAGUUGAAACAAUUAAAUUGAUUUUGGGUUUUACUACUCUCAAAUUAGAUUCUGAGGUUUCAGUUUUCAAGCAUUUUGAAAGGUGGGCUAAAGCUGAAGCUGGAAGGAGAAAAUCCGAUAUUAAAGGAAUUGCGAACUCACUAAAACCUAUUUUCAAACAGAUUAGGUUCACUUCAAUGAAUUUGACAGAGUUCUCUCAUUGUGUCAAAAGUUGCCCCCUUCUUAGCAAUGAAGAAGCUAUGUAUAUCUCAAUCAAUAUUUUUACUAAUAAAGUAUUGGAUUCCACUAAAAAACAACGUAAUUUUUUGCCUGUAAACCAUCUCACAUUUAAAUUCAAUCAUUCAUUCGAUAUCCAUUUGAAAGAACGCAGUGUAGAAUGCUCUGAUUUAACAUUCAAUUUUCUUGAUAGAAAAUGGCGCAUUAAUGUUUUUUAUUUUAAAGAAAACUUCUGUUUCAAUCUUCUGCCGAAUUUUUCCUCGGUAGAUUUCAGUUUCCUGAUCAAGUUCAACUCACAUUUGAUUAUUGAAGGUGAUAGAAUUCAGAGAAGAGCGUUUUCAGACUCAGAAAAUGAAAAUUUACCUCGUUUUGAACUGAAAAGUGAAUGCCAUGAAAUUUACAAGUGGGAUACAAACCUCAAUCCGAACAAUGGCAUGAUUUUUGCUGCUAUCAAAUAUGAUGUUCUAAGGCGUUAUUCACAGAGUAUGAUCUUCAAACAAAGUUGGGUUGAGUUAGAUGGGAAUUUUGAAAUUGAGUGCUUCAAAUGAAAAUCAAUGGACGUUUCCUGCUUUAAUGUGCAUUUUUAUGCAGCUCAUAUAUCUUUCUUCAUCAUGUUCAGUUGUUCUUGUCAGUAAUUGUAAAUAACGGAAUACGGCGUAUGUUUAACUGUGUGUUGUGGAUAAUA